GGGAGAGUUACUUUGGAUGCUGUUAAUUAUAAGGAACUCUGCCUUGUAUAACUCACAUUUCUAUAUGCAUGUCCAAACCAUUUACCAAAAAAAAAAAAAAAAAUGUUGGCUCUUUUUCUUUACUCUUACAAAACCAAUUGGUUUUCAUAGAACCAAACCCAUCUUUUCUUUGAACUAGAACAGAUUGUAUUUUCUACUCUUCAACCAUGAAGUUAAUCUUUUAUCAUCAUCAUCUCAUAACUCUCGUGUUUUUCUUUAUUUCUUGCUUUUACUCUGUUUCUUCUUCACACAAUCUUUCUCUCAAUAGCCAAGCUUCAAUCCUUGUCUCUCUUAAACAAUCUUUUCAAACCUCCAACACUUCUUUUGAUGCCUGGCAAGUGUCAAACCACUCUUUCUUUUGCUCUUGGCCUGGAAUCCAGUGUGACAAGAACAACAGAUCAGUCGUUUCAAUUGACAUAUCCUCUUCGAACAUCUCCGGGUCACUCUCGCCCGCCAUCACGCAGCUACGAACACUUGUCAGCCUCUCACUCAACGACAACGUUUUCUCCGGCGAUUUUCCGAACCAAAUUCACAACCUACAAAGGCUCCGGUUCCUCAACAUGUCUAACAACCAGUUUAGUGGUGAACUAAACUGGGAUUUCUCCAAGUUAAGACAACUUUCUGUUCUUGAUGCCUAUGACAACAACUUCAAUGGCUCGCUUCCUUUAGGCGUCACGGAGCUUCCCAAGUUGAAUUACUUGAACUUUGGCGGGAACUACUUUUCGGGGUCGAUCCCGAGGGGCUAUGGAAGUAUGAAGCAGCUCAACUAUCUUCACCUUGGAGGGAAUGAUCUGAGAGGUUUCAUACCAAGUGAGCUUGGUAAUCUCACAAGCCUUCAGCAGCUUUACUUGGGCUAUUACAAUGAUUUCGACGGCGGGAUUCCGCCUGAGCUUGGUAAGCUGAUCAAUCUGUUCCAUUUAGACCUUGCCAAUUGUAGUUUGGAGGGUACAAUACCUGAAGAACUUGGGAAUCUUAACAAGCUUGACACUCUCUACCUGCAAACAAAUGAGCUCAGUGGGACCAUUCCUUCCCAAUUCAGCAAUUUGAGCAGGGUGAGAAUAUUCGAUCUUUCGAACAACGAAUUGACAGGAGAGAUCCCGAUUGAUUUCUCGGGAUUUACGGAGCUUACCCUCUUGAACUUGUUCAUGAACAAGUUUCAUGGUGAGAUCCCGCAUUCCAUUGCUGAGCUACCUAGCUUGAAAGUUUUCAAGCUUUGGCAGAACAAUUUCACCGGCACAAUCCCUUCAAAGCUUGGCCAAAAUGGUAACCUGACCGAGUUCGAUUUGUCAACCAAUAAGCUCACCGGGAUGAUUCCUAAGUCUCUGUGCUCUGGAAGAAAGCUGGAGAUUUUGAUUCUGCAGCACAAUUUCCUGUUCGGGCCGUUACCGGAUGAUCUUGGCCGAUGUGACACGCUUGUAAGAGUACGGCUGGGGCAGAACUAUUUGACAGGAGCUUUGCCAAAUGGUUUUCUGUACUUGCCUCAGCUAUUACUCGUGGAGCUACAGAACAACUAUCUUAGUGGACAACUUGAGCAAGUGAAAAUUAAGGUACCCUCAAAACUUUCGCUGCUUAAUUUGUCUAUCAAUCGCUUAUUCGGUUCGAUUCCUGCCUCUAUUGGCAAUUUCACUAGCCUGCAGAAUGUCCUAUUGAGUGGAAAUCGAUUCACCGGUGAAAUCCCAUCGGACAUAGGCCGGUUGAAAAGUGUCCUGAAAUUGGAUCUCAGUAGGAACAAAUUCUCAGGCAGAAUCCCUCCCACAAUAGGAAAUUGCGUCUUGUUGAAUUAUUUAGAUUUGAGCCAAAACCAACUUUCAGGCCCGAUCCCGGUUCAGAUUGCGCAAAUUCACAUUCUAAACUACCUCAACGUCUCAUGGAACCACUUAAGCCAAGGCCUUCCCAAGGAAAUUGGAUCGUUGAAGAGCUUAACUUCAGCGGAUUUCGCUUACAACAACUUGUCCGGUUUAAUACCCCAAACUGGCCAAUAUCUCUACUUCAACUCCACAUCUUUUAUCGGUAACCCUGAGCUCUGCGGUUCGGGAGCCUCAAUAUGCAACCGCACGUCAUCCUCCCGACGGGAUGGUCACAACGAAAACGAUACCAAGCCUCAUGUGUCUGCAAAGUUCAAGCUCAUUUUCGCCUUGGGACUCUUGGUGUGUUCGUUUAUUUUCACGACUUUUGCGGUCAUCAAGACGAGGAAGUCGAGAAAUGGUGGCAGCAAAUGGAGGCUCACCGCGUUCCAGAAGCUAGAAUUCAGAAGCCAGGACAUCCUGGAAUGCAUAAAGGACAACAACGAGAUAGGGAGAGGUGGGGCCGGGAUUGUGUAUCGAGGAACAAUGCCGAAUGGAGAACAAGUAGCAGUGAAGAAGCUGUUGCGAAUAAACAAAGGCUCUUAUCAUGACAAUGGCUUAUCAGCGGAGAUUCAAACACUUGGCAAAAUCAGGCACAGAAACAUUGUUAGAUUGCUAGCUUUCUGCUCCAAUAGAGAGACCAAUUUGCUCGUUUAUGAGUACAUGCAAAAUGGGAGUUUAGGAGAAGUUCUGCAUGGAAAAGGAGGUGGUUAUCUCAAGUGGGAAACUAGGCUGAAAAUAGCCAUUGAAGCAGCGAAAGGGCUCAGCUAUUUGCACCAUGAUUGUUCUCCUCUAAUUCUCCACAGAGAUGUUAAGUCCAACAACAUUUUGCUCAACUCUGAUUAUGAGGCUCAUGUCGCAGAUUUUGGAUUGGCCAAGUUUUUGCAAGAUAAUGGAACAUCAGAGUGCAUGUCUGCCAUCGCUGGCUCAUAUGGCUAUAUUGCUCCAGAAUAUGCCUACACAUUAAAGGUGGACGAGAAGAGUGACGUGUACAGCUUCGGAGUGGUGUUACUAGAGCUUAUAACGGGACGAAAACCAGUUGGUGAUUUUGGUGAAGAAGGGAUGGACAUUGUUCAGUGGACAAAGAUAAAUACUGAGUCUAGCAAAGAAGGGGUUGUGAAGAUCUUGGAUGAGAGGCUUAUGAGCAACAAUAUUAAUAAUAAUAAUAAUAAUGAUGAUGUCCCAAUAGAGCAAGCAAUGCAAGUGUUCUUUGUGGCAAUGUUAUGUGUUCAGGAGCAAAGCGUCGAACGACCCACCAUGAGAGAUGUUGUUCAAAUGCUUGCCCAAGCUAAACAACCUUCUACUUUUCACUUGCAAUAAAACUACGUACGUACGUCUUCAUCAUAUAUAUAUAUAUAUAUAUAUCCUUAUAAUGAUUAUGAUUCCUAGCUAACAAAGAGGCGCAGUUCAAGGAGGCACUAGUUGCGCUAUUGUAGUAUUGAUUUUGUCAGCGGUUCUAAGUGUAUCACAAAUGACACAAUUAUAUAUGUUAAAUAACUUUUUAAUUUUUUCUUUUUUACUUUGGAUUAUUUCGUUAUGUAAUAGUGUGGGGCAUAAGAAGUAUGGAAUUACACUAAAUUUGUAGAAAUUAUGCAAGU